GCCACAACUGUCGCCGCACUUUCGACAAGUCACGCAGCGUUUGCAGCUCCCCACUCGCCCGGCAUAUUGUCCACCAUGCGUCUGUCAGCCAGACAGCUCGGGUGAUUUUCCUUUUUCUUCCCCUUUUUCUCUUUUUGAAUUCUCUGGAGGAGGGCACAUUUCCCGAGCGGCUGCGUAAAACCAACAAGCACUGCGCGUCAGAGGCGAGCAAAGAUGCAGGUUGAAGGGGGCAAGGUCCGUGCGUGGAGUGCGUGUCUUUUAUUACUUUCCUCAACUCUGAGUUUUAGCCUAACUGAGGUUGGAGGCUCCCACCAAAGCAUCCCUCCGUCCGUAGUGAAGCUCUGGGCUUCAGCAUUUGGCGGGGAGAUGAAGUCAAUCUCUGCAAAGUACUCAGGCUCCCAGCUGCUGCAGAAGAAAUACAAGGAGUUCGACAGGGCUGUGCGUGUGGAGGAGAUUGAUGGGCUGCGUCUGGUGAAGCGACUGGCCCAGAACAUGGAGGAGAUGUUUCACAAGAAAGCCCAGGCAAUGAAGAGACUUGUUGUGGCGGCAGAGGAAGCCCACCUACAACACGAAGAGGAUCCAGACCUGCAGUACGAGUACUUCAAUGCGGUGCUGAUCAAUGAAGUGGAUGAGGAAGGGAAUCACGUCGAGCUCGGCGGAGAAUUUGUCCUCCAACCCAAUGACCACUUUAACAACCUGUCAGUCAAUCUUAGCCUCAGCGUGGUCCAGGUGCCCACUAACAUGUACAACAAGGACUCUGCCAUCGUUAAUGGAGUGUACUGGUCGGAAGCCUUGAAUAAAGUCUUUGUGGAUAACUUUGAGCGAGACCCAUCACUCAUAUGGCAGUACUUUGGCAGUGCCAAAGGCUUUUUCAGACAAUAUCCAGGGAUCAAAUGGAAACCGGAUGAACACGGAGUCAUCGCUUUUGACUGCCGUAACAGGAAGUGGUACAUCCAGGCGGCUACAUCACCGAAAGAUGUCGUUAUUCUCGUCGAUGUCAGCGGAAGCAUGAAAGGUCUCAGAAUGACCAUCGCCAGGCAGACGGUCUCCUCCAUAUUGGACACUUUAGGAGAUGACGACUUCUUCAACAUCAUCGCCUACAAUGACGAAUUGCAUUACGUGGAGCCAUGUCUGAAUGGAACCCUGGUCCAAGCUGAUGUUGCCAACAAAGAUCAUUUCCGGGAGCACCUUGACAAGCUGUUUGCUCAAGGCAUUGGAAUGCUAGACAUCGCUUUAAGUGAGGCCUUCAUUCUUCUCAGAGAGUUCAACGAGACCGGCAGAGGCAGCGAGUGUAGCCAAGCCAUUAUGUUGGUUACAGAUGGAGCAGUGGACACCUAUGAUGCCAUCUUUGCCAAGUACAACUGGCCAGAAAGGAAGGUCCGCAUAUUCCCUUACCUGAUUGGCCGAGAAUCAGCCUUUGCAGAUAAUCUGAAAUGGAUGGCAUGUGCUAACAAAGGUUACUUCACUCAAAUAUCCACACUGGCAGAUGUCCAAGAGAAUGUGAUGGAGUAUCUCCACGUGCUGAGUCGUCCCAAGGUGAUCGACAGGGAACAUGAUACAAUUUGGACUGAGGCCUACAUUGAUAGCACCCUGGAUGAUGGUCAAGGUCCGGUGCUGAUGACCACUGUGGCAAUGCCAGUGUUCAGUACUAAGAAUGAGACUCGGAACCACGGCAUUUUACUAGGGGUUGUAGGAACAGAUGUCCCUGUUUCAGAGCUACUCAAGACUAUUCCCAAAUACAAGUUGGGGAUUCACGGCUAUGCCUUUGCAAUCACCAACAACGGCUACAUUCUCACCCACCCAGAUCUACGUCCACUUUAUGGUGACGGUAAGAAGCGAAGGAAGCCAAACUACAGCAGCGUGGAUUUGUCUGAGGUUGAAUGGGAGGACAAGGAUGACAUGCUGAGGAACUCCAUGGUCAACAGGAAGACAGGGACCUUCUCAAUGGAGGUGAAAAAGAGCGUAGACAAAGGGAGACGUGUACUGGUGCUGCAUAAUGAUUACUACUACACAGAUAUCCAGGGUACUCCUUUCAGCCUUGGAGUUGCACUUUCCAGAGGCCACGGCAAGUUCUUCUUCACAGGGAAUGUCACUGUAGAGGAAGGUCUUCACGACUUAGAGCAUCCUGAUGUUGCCCUUGCAGAUGAAUGGACGUACUGUAAUACAGAUGAGCACCCGGAGCACCGCUACCUAACGCAGAUCGAGGCAAUCAAACUCUACCUCAGUGGACAUGACCCCCAACUGCAAUGUGAUAAUGAGUUGAUUCAAGAGGUCCUUUUUGAUGCUGUGGUAACUGCCCCGCUCGAGGCCUAUUGGACCAGCUUGGUGCUCAAUAAGUCUGAGAACUCUGACAAAGGAGUUGAGAUUGCCUAUCUGGGCACAAGGACCGGCCUGUCCAGAAUCAACCUUUUUGUAGUACCUGACAAGCUUACGAGCCAAGACUUCCUGACAGCUGAGGAUAAAGAAGGAGUUUUCAAUGCCGAUCACUUCCCCUUGUGGUACAAAAGGGCAGCAGAGCAAGUUCCUGGCACCUUUGUCUACUCUUUGCCUUUCAACACAGGAUCCGAAAACAAGAGUGUUGUAUUAGCCAGCGCUGCCAUUCAGCUCCAAGAUGAGAGGAAAUCACCCAUAGCUGCGGCCGUUGGCAUCCAAAUGAAGCUAGACUUCUUUCAGAGGAAAUUCUGGACAGCCAGCAGACAGUGUGCUGCCCUCGAUGGGAAAUGCUCCAUAAGUUGUGACGAUGAGAACAUUAACUGCUACCUCAUUGACAACAACGGGUUCAUUCUGGUGGCAGAGGACUAUACUCUGACAGGGAACUUUUUUGGAGAAGCCGAGGGAGCUGUAAUGAGUAAGCUCCUGCAGAUGGGCUCUUUCAAGAGGGUGACUCUAUAUGACUACCAGGCUCUGUGCUGGGUGUAUUCAGAAAGUAGUGACAGUGGACACAUGCUGCUGGAUCCUUACUUUGCCUUCCUCUCAGCUGCGAAGUGGCUCCUUACCGAGCUUGUCAUAUUUUUGGUUGAGUUCAACCUGUACAGCUGGUGGCAGUCUGACGUCACUACAAAAGCUCAGAGGAUGGGCCGAACCAUGCAGGUCCCAUGUGACACCGAGUACCCGGCUUUUGUCUCAGAGAGGACCAUCAAAGAAAACACAGGAAACGUCAACUGUGACAGCUGCAUCAAGUCUUUUGUGAUUCAGCAGAUCCCCAGCAGUAAUCUCUUCAUGGUGGUGGUGGACAAUAAGUGCGAUUGCAGCAUGUUUGAUCCAAUCACCAUGGAUCCUGUUGAAAUUAUGUAUAACGAAUCUCUGAAGUGUGAGAGACUUAAGAUGCAAAAGGACCGGAGGCGUCCAGAUACCUGUCACCCGUUCCACCCAGAGGAGAACUCAAUGGAGUGUGGAGGAGCUCACACUCUCACGUCAUCCUUUUCUGCAACACUGCUCAGCCUCCUCCUUGCACUUUUCCCAAGGUGACCAGAGCUGGCUGAAUCUAUCUAUCCAUCCAUCCAUCCAUCGAUCCAGAACCUUCUAUCAGAUCCAUUUGGCAUGUAAAACUAUCACAAAGAAGUCACGCACACAAACAAAAAAAAACAAAAACAUCUGAACCCCGCCACCAAAACACUCCUAGAGCUCCAAUUCUAGCUUCUUUCGCCACCUUUUCCUGAGUUAUCUCCUGACGACACGUAUUCAGGAAAGGACUGAAAGCUCCAAAUGUACUGUGAUCAGUCAGGUGCUAUAGCAAUAUGACACGCAACAAGAACUUGUUUUUUUUUUUCGGGUUGUUCAGAUUUUUGCGUGAUGAGAAAGUGGUCUCAGAGGUGGGCAUUCAAGUAUUCAAGUCACGGACUACCCACUAGCUGCAGACUGGUGCACUUUCUUCUCUAAAUGACUUGUCAUUGAUAUUUAACAUACUGAAUAUUUAAAAACAAUGACUAUAAAACAACUGUAUAUUUGGCUGAGAUUUCAAAACAAAAAUGUUUCAGCCGCUUACAUUUUAAAAAGAAAAAUCCACUUCUCCGUUUUGUUUGUGUUCUCUCUGUACAGUAUUGAAAGAGUUUAUUAUUUAAUUUACAAGUGGCAACCAUAAACUGUGACUAUGACAUUUUGAGUCCUCUGUUGUGAGUAGUUGUUCAAGUUUAAGCUUUGCCUUAUUCUGCGA